UCCUCUUCCGCUUCACCGCUCAUGAAAGAUUACUUACUCACUCAUCUUCGCUCUCACUCUGUCCUCUACACCGCUCUCAAUCUCAUACUUGCCUUUGGCAUCUUCCACCUCUUCAUCAACUUCUACCGUCUGCAACUUAUCUGCUGCAGGUCCUCCCAUUAAAGAAUAUUUCCUCUCCAGCUAGACGGACAAUUCCUUCUUCUUCACACCACCUCAUUCCUCUUCUGAGAUCCAUACCUCUACACAUUCACAAAGUUCUCCUCCCUCUUCACCCUUCCACAUCACCACAACCUUCCAACGUUGUGCACCCUUACAAAUUUACUUGCAACUGCUCACCUCUCAUCAUAACCCAUUCAUUCAUCAUCGCACUAUCAUCAAGACUCAUUUACCAUGUCUUCCGCCAGCUCUUCCUCCGAGGCUGCUACUGCCCCCAAGCCCGCCCUCACCGAUCGCGAGCUUGAGAUCCUCCAGCACGCCUGGAGCUCCUUGAAGAGUGCUCCCGAGGUUGACUAUCCCAAGCUCGCCGCCGCCUGCGGCAUGUCCAACCAUCGCUCCGCCUCCAACGCCUGGCUCGCCAUCAAGAAGAAGCUCUUUGCCGACCUUCCCGCCCAGGGCAGCGACAGCGCCGGCAACAGCCCUGCCAAGCGCAAGAUCGCUACCCCGUCCAAGAGAAAGGCUGCCACCGCUACUAGCUCUGACGACGCCGAUGAGCUCGCUGCUGGUGCCAACCUGAACUCGGACGGCGAGGAAAAGCUCGUCGUCGAGACCCCUGUCAAGAAGAAGCGCGCCACCCCGGCCAAGAAGAAGGCCGCUGUUACCCGCAAGGCCGCCACCAAGACCACCGAGGGUGAUGAGAACGCCGAUGAGGAUGCCGAGCUCGAGACGCCUGUCAAGAAAAAGGCUACCCCCGCUAAGCGUAAGACCCCU